AUGACAUCGAUUCCAGUAGAUGAUGAAAAUGGUGAUAUAGCUUCAAAAGUUACUGCAGGAUUUGCUAAAGCAACUGGUAUUGAUACUGGAAUCGCUAUUCAAUUACUUAAAGAUAAUGGAAGGAAUAUUGAUCAAGCUUUAAAAGCUACAUAUGAAGCUAAAGAAGAUGGUCAAUCAAUAAUGGAUACGAGACAAAAUUGGAAAGAUUCAAAUGGAAAAAUAUUUUAA